UUCAGGUUUGUGUUCACUAAGACUCAGACGACGACAUAUAAGGUAGACUAAUUCAGCUUGAUAGGGUGUGGGAGAAAUAACGUAUACAAACUUUUUGCCUGACAGACAGUUAGGUGAUCUGGCUCCAACUCUACACAAAGAAUGACAUAUAGGCAGCGGGAAUUUCCAAUUGCAUCAAAUACUUGUAGGUAAAGUCCGUCCGAGUCAGCAUCUUGUGAUUCAUCCUGCGACAGAUGUGUAGUCCUGAACACUCCCAGAUGACCAUGUUUUGAAACUUAGAUUUUAGCAAGCGUUCGGUUAAACGUUAGAAAUUCGAUCCGUCAAUUAACGACAAUUCUUUCUUCAUUAAAUAUCAAGGCCAGAGUGAUUUCGCUCUAAUAUUGUAGACUGCAUUACAAGAGAUUAUACUUCUUGUUGGCUGUGUGUGUAUACAAAUGGGUGAAAUAGAAGUACAGUACAGUGAAGGUAGCGAAUUGAAUCUUCACGGUGAAUUCAAAAACUGUUCCAAGAAUCCGAAUCAUCUUAAUUUUAUCCCGAUUGAUCAAUUUAGACUUGAGCAUCUCCCAGAGAGAUACAGAAACGAUGACAUCUUUAAAUUCAUUAACCUGACAGCUCAGCUGACAGUGAGAGUUGUCUGCACCUACGUCAGCAAGAAAAGACCGCCAACUUGGCCAGGAACGAGUCUUAAGUAUUUAUUUUCCGAUAUGAGAGGGGAAGAAAUGAACUCCACCGGAACCGGAAGAGUGUGGGUGGUGACACUUGCGGAAGAAGGCGGGGGCAAUGAAGAAUCAGAUGACGAGUUGUACCAAGACGGGAAAGAAUACCAUGAAGGACCUGACUAUGAUGCUGAACAAGAAGCAGCUCACGUGGCUAGAGAGGAAAUGGAGCAAAUAAACACUUGUGUUUGUGAAAAUUGUAAAGACUCUGACUCACUCAGCUCAGAGUUUGGCUGGGUUAAAGUGAUCACGGCUCGCCAUGUCGUGUUCAACAACAAGGAGGCCAGAAGCGCAUCAUGUCGUCUGUUCUUCGACUCUGACAGAGGCGGAAAUCCAAAGACUAUCCUUACUGUGGUGAAGAUGGCGACUCUAAACCCGAAACUGGAUUGGUGCUGGCUUAAAUGUGUCACCUGCGACAAAGGACUGCUGGAGAGGCUCUCUGAAAUGUGCAAACGUCGGCAUGAACUUUAUUUAAAAAUAAACGGAGACUUCGAGAAGUUCCGAGAUGUCGCCAAGAACAACCCAGAGAUCCGCGUGUCUCGCAAUCUCAACGUGAUAGUUUCCCACCCACACGGUUGUUCCAAGCAAGUCUCAGUCGGAGAGUGGACGCUGGCGACGCAGUACAAAGACAACCUGGACGAUGUGUGGACGCGAUACUUCUACACGACAGCAACCUGCAAGGGCAGCAGCGGGGCAACGACAAUCAUGCUGGGAUAUACAGGAACUGACGAUCAUGUCCACAGUGGAUUCUACACCAAACUCAAACUGAAUCACAGUGGAUUAGGUGAUGAUUACUGGGAGCCCAAAGUGCAAGAGAAAAUAUUUGUUGGUGUUUAAUUGAUAGGCUACAUAUUUUCCUUUGAGAUAGACAAGAACAAAAAAAAAACCAUUUAGGCCGCUUGCAGACUGCACUGUCUUAACUGUAAGGCAAAAAAAUGCACCCCUGAUGUUGUGAAGAAAGGAGCUUUCACAUUUUGCCGUAAUGGUAGCCUACAACAGUUGUGUCUUGCCACUGAAAUCAAGGUCCCUAUUAAAUUUAUGCUUUUUUUUUUCAGUUUUACUGCUAUGACAGAGUCCUGUUUAAUUAUUUUGUUGCCUAGGUAUUCCUAGUCUGCUUUUUUUUUUUUCAGUAUCUUGGAAGAUUGAAUUAUGUUAUUGAUUCAUCAAAUCUACAAAGAGUGUGUGGAAUAAUUCUACUUCUCCCUUUUGAUUCAUGGGCUGCUUAAAAAAUAACCGAAUUUUUUAAAGACUUGUACCACAGCAGUAAAACUACCACACAGUUGACACUUAUGUACUAUUGAUUAUACACAUGACUCACAUCAAAUACAAUUAUUCAUAUGUCGAUGAUUUGUAUCGAAAAUAUCGAAAUCCCGCCCAAAGUGAAGAGUACAACGUUAGGACAAAAACUCGUCCUUUUUUUGUGCACGGUCAUAACCGUGUGGUGUGACAGCGGUCUUACGGUGGUAUUAGAGAGCCGUGGGAAAGUAUUUUUACAAAGCUUAUAUCAACUCACUCUGUCUGGUAAAUCUUAUAUCAACUCACUCUGUCUGGUAAAUCUUAUAUCAACUCACUCUGUCUGGUAAAACGUUUGAACACGUUAUUCCUCCGACGUUCAUUCUGGGAUCAAGUGGAAAUUUUGUAAAAUUAUUUCUUUUACCUGACAACACAAGAAUCAAUAAAAUAAAAUAUUAACCAAUUAUUGGUGAUUAAUUAUUUUGUUCGGUAUUGAACUAUGAAAAGAAUUUGUACUUGACAGGUGUGGUGGUAUGACUUGAACUAGUUUCCUUUAUACUUUGUGUAGAGACUUAGGUCGCCAAUUAAAAAUUAAAACUAACAAUAGAUAACUAUAAAACCUUCUUUUUAUCAUAAGCACUUCGCUGGCACAGUGGUUAGUGCAUUGGCUUGAGCUCUCGAGUUCGAAUUCAAGUCGUACAAUUUUUAAAAAUAAAAUGCAUUUAAAAAGCGAUCACCUUCACACAUUCAAACCUCCUUCUUCUCCCCCUUCCUCCUUUCCCAACUGGUCCACUCAAGGAAUAGGAUCAGAAUAAGAAAGCUAAAAGCCUGAAAUUGCGCUAAACUAAAACAAUUGGUAAAAAUAUUUCUAAUCGCACUGAUUUAUUAUUGUUAGUCUAGAUCUAUUACAAAUAAAAGCUGUGUUGUUUUUUUGUUAAAAGUAUUUUGCAUAUUUUUCUUGUUAAAGAAUGACGUUACAAGGCGACAAGAUGUAGACGUUACCUUCUUACUGUUAGUGUCCAUGCAGAAGUAAAUUCCUUGUGUUGUUGAAGUCUGUUACAAAGUUUUUUUACGAGAGUCACUUGUUUGUACUCAAGUGGCAGGGCGACCAGAACUGAAGAUAUUUUUAGAUUUUUAACUGAAACAUGUCUACACAUAGUUGUGCUGCGAGAUUUGGUUAUGACUUAUGCACGUUAUUGGAGGCUCGGUAUCUGAGUGGUAGGCUACAGCGCUUGUGAAUUUAAACCAAGGAUCCCCUGUUCAAACGUUUGUGAAGUCUGGGAUUCUAAUUUCUGGAUAUUUGGGCGCCUCUGAGUUCAUCCAGCUCGAAAGAGUACCUGACAUUAGUUAAGGAAACGUAAAGGAGAUUAGUCGUUGUGCUGGCCACAUGACACCCUCGUUUACCGUGGGCCACAGAAACAUAAGACCUUUUCAUGAUCUGCCCAGUAGAUCGUAAGGUCUGAAAGGGGCAUAAACGUUACUAAAGAAGAAGGAACGAAAACUCAUAACUAAUUUCAUUUCAAUAAUCUUAGCCUAAGUAUUUCUAUUUAGUUUACUCGACUUUGCACACUGACCGUAACAUAAACAUUUUUUUCUUCACACAUCUUGUAAAUAAAAAAGGAAUUAAAAAUAAAAAUUUGUUUAUAUCUCACA